UAUUACUAGACUACGCAAAUAGAUCGAUUUCGGGAUACUAAAUGGUAUAGAGGCAGUGAUUAGCCAAUGGAUACAACAUAAACAAGACGUUAGCGUAAUGUUCUAUCGAUGGCACAAUCUGAAUUAGUCAGUAUCAAAGUUUUGUUUUUUGCUAAAAGUCGAGAACUGGCUGGUUUGAAAGAAACAGUUCUAUCACAGAGAUCAAAAAUAACUUCAAACGACCUAUUACAUAGUUUGAUUGAAAGUUUCCCAGGUCUAACUGCUCUAAGAGAGAAUUUGGUUUUAUCUUUAAAUGAAGAAUAUUUAGAAAUCAAUGAUCAGAUGGUAGAAAUAAAAACAGGAGAUGAACUGGCAGUGAUUCCACCAAUUAGUGGGGGCUAAUUAAAAUUAACGAGGCUAAAAAUUCCUCAAAUUCAGAUCAAAGUGAGUGAUUCAGAAAUGGAUCAUAUUGAUAUUAUUGAAGGGAAAAUUGAUGUAAACUCUACUAUAGACUUGGUUAUUUCCCCUUCUUGUGGUGCUGUAUCUACAUUUCUAGGUACAACUCGAGAUAAUUUUGAUGGUAAAAAGGUUGUCAGAUUAGAAUAUGAAGCCUAUAUUCCUAUGGCUAAAAAGAAAAUGUUAGAAAUCUGUCAGUUGGUUAGAGAGAAAUGGAAAGUUGAAAACAUUGUAAUGAUUCACAGAAUAGGUUUAGUACCAAUAAAAGAAGCCAGUAUUAUUAUUGCUAUAUCAUCACCUCAUAGAAAGGAAUCAUUAGAUGCUCUCCAGUUUGCCAUUGAUACACUGAAAGCUAUUGUUCCUAUCUGGAAAAAGGAAGUAUAUGAAGAUGAAAGCACAUCAUGGAAAGAAAAUAAAGAA